AUGGCCACUCUCCGCAAGAAGGCAUUGACCCUGCCCCAGAAUGGUAGUUCUGUAUCUGAGGAUAUGCUGAAGAGCGACUCGGUGAUGAAUUUAACCAAACCUCUGCUUUACGGUAUUUACAACGACGAUCUGCUUUUGUCGUUAAACGAUCAAAUCGAAAUUAACGUGCCCCCUAGCCGCAAUUCACGGUUGAUGGAAUCGGAAGCACCGGAGCCGGAGUCGCUGGUGAAGCUGUUGCCCAUUAUAACUAAGGUGGCAAUUUUGGCGUUGUCGGCGUACGUUUACAAUGAAGUUGUGGCCCAUAUCCAUGGUAAUCUGUUCACUGACAGACAAGUGAAGGAAACGCUUAAACUUGCCAAUGUGUUCAUUUUAUCAUUUAUCCAGAAAUUCAGUCUUUCUCAUUACGUGGAAUUGCCCCAGGACUUGGCGAUCAUCGAUCAGAUCUUCCUGGUCGUGGUGCAGGGGCUUCUGUUUGGGUUGUUAGUGGUGGUUGUCGACCGUAUCACCCCCAAACUGUUUUCCUCGCGGAUUCUUACUUCCAACCCUAAUCCCAAUCGGAAGCAGGAUGUUAUUAACGAAGUUCUUCGGUCAUCGAUUUGCUUUUUGGGUAUUUCGUACGCCGUGCGUAACUUAGAGUGGAAGUCAUUGUUACAAGUGUCGAUGAUGUGGUCGUUGAUCAACCCGGCAUUGUGGAUAAUGCUUGACGGCACCUUCAAUGGUCUAGUGACGGCGUUGGCGGUGGUACUGGCGGCGCUGGCGGUGAUCUACUGGGAUAAUGCCUCUCUUCUCACCAACUUUGAAGUGUUGCACCCUGACGACACCGUGUCGUUGUGGUUGUGGAUUGCGUCGUUUUUCUUUUGCGGCUCGAUUAUCUUUGGCAAGAUUGGCCGCUCGUUAUUCCAGUAG